AUGAGAUUAACGCUUCAGCUUUGCUGUGGAAUACUGCUGCUGUGUGUAGUAUCUGGCCAGCAGUACAAGCAGCAAUCAGUUUCGACUUCAUCCUCCGCGACGUCUGCUGGCAGCUCCUCCGAUACGGUCCCUGCCGCGGCUAACAAUGUUGCGUAUCGUGCACGACCCUACUCGAACCAGUACAGCAGCAGCUCCUCCGAAGAGGAAGAGGAUGAUCGACCGGUGUCGUCGUACAACAGUGGCCGUCAGCAGCAGCAGGGUAACACGCUGAAGAAAAGCUUCAAGAAACCGUCCUACUCGAGCGAAGAGCUGGAACAGGAAGAGGAACCGGACCGGCUGACGUUACUACUCGAAAAGUCGCAGUUCCAGUGUACAGGCCGCACCACUGGCUACUACGCUGACGAGACUCUCGGCUGUGAAGUAUUCCACUACUGUCAGGAGAACCAGAAACACUCGUGGAUUUGCCCCGAGGGUUUCACUUUCCACCAGGUGCAUCUGAUCUGUAUGCCACCGUCAGGCGACAAUAUUUGUGAACAGUCGUCCAAGUAUCACUUCGUCAACGAUUAUCUCUACAAGCCGAUUAACAUGGAGGAGCACAUGACCAAACCUAACGUUACACUAAGGUAUUCGGAGCGUUACUAUCCGGAGAACUUCUACGUUGACGAGCGUCACUAUGACGAGGAACGCGUCCUGCGCCAGCAUGAGGAACGCCACCAGCCACAGCAGCCAAUCAAGCAAACUUACCACCACCAACCACAGCAGCAGACGAUCCGUAAGCAGCCGGUCUAUGCUACGACACCGUCCUCCUAUCGGUUGCCGUCCUCUCCUCAGCCCACCCACAGUGUCUACCGCUCCCCGGAUGAGAUUAACAUCUCCCUACAGCAGAGACGACCGGCAGCACAGCCCGGAUCCUACAUCCAGUCCACCACACCACGCUACGAGGACGAACCAGAGUACGACAGCUACGAACGGAAGUAA